AUGCUCAUAAAAAAUAACUCGGCACUGCAAAAUGAAACGACAGAGCUGGAUGAAGAGGGUAAUCCUAUCGCUAACAACGGAAAUGCACCGGAGGCGCCUCAACGUGAAAUCAUUCGAUAUCUCAACUGCUCUGACUUGCAUAAAUAUUCUUUGGCGGAAGAUACCAUUCAACUAAGUAAUCUCAACAUUAUGGCCGCGGACAACCCUUGCAUCAUG